GGUGUGGUUUAGAGAUUCCCCACGCUCCCCAACUCUUUCAGACCGGCUCCUUUCGAGAUGAUUCAAGUCGAGUAAACUUGGGCUCUAGACAGUGCCCGUUUCCCCUAACUCCCCUGAGGAGGAGGCUGGUGUCCUUUAUUUCCGUUCAGACCCCACCCAGACGGUUUUGGCCCCACGCGGGGAGGAGACGAUGGCUUCUGAGGCGCUGAAGCCUGAAGUCACUGGCUCUGUUCAGAUCAGAGAGCCCCCUCAGAGAGCAGAGAGAGGUAAUACAACACCUUCACAACUUCUUGAUAUGAACCCCAUGGAGAAUCAAGUACUGUUAAAGGAUAUCAAGAUUGAGCCCCCAGAACUUCUGGCUAAUGAUUUCAACUUGCCCCAAGUGGAACCAGUUGAUCUUUCUUUUCACAAGCCCAAGACUCCUCUCCAGCCUGCCAGCAUGCUACAAGCUCCAAUAUGUUCUCCUAAGUCACAACCUACUUCUCAGACCCUAGUAGUAUCCACUUCAACACCAGACACAAGCACAUCAACAAAUAUUUCUACUCCAGGCUGUGUCCUGGCAUCUCAGAACAAAGGUAGUCAGUCCAUCUUACAUGUGAUACACACCGUCCCUGCAGUCAGUCUACCAAAUAAGAUGAACAGACUGAAAGCCAUCCCAGUAGUAGUGCAGUCUCUGCCUAUGGUAUAUACUACUUUGCCUGCAGAUGGAAGUCCUGUGGCCAUCACAGUCCCACUCAUUGGAGGAGAUGGCAAAAAUAUUGGAUCAGUGAAAGUUGACCCCAUAUCUAUGUCUCCACUGGAUUUCCCAAGUGACAGUGAAGACAGUACAAAGGAGAGUGGAUACUCUUCCUUGCUGGGUAUUCGGGGAAAACUGAAAGAACCAGCAUCAAUGACUCAAGUAAAGAGAAAAGAAUCCUUUGAUUUCAAAAGAAGACGGACUCACCAGUGUGACUUUGAAGGAUGCAACAAAGUGUACACCAAAAGCUCUCACCUGAAAGCCCACCAUAGAAUUCAUACAGGAGAGAAGCCUUAUAAAUGCACCUGGGAUGGCUGCUCCUGGAAAUUUGCUCGCUCAGAUGAGCUCACUCGCCAUUUCCGCAAGCACACAGGCAUCAAGCCUUUCCAGUGUACAGACUGUAGCCGUAGCUUUUCUCGUUCUGACCACCUGUCCUUGCACCGACGGCGUCAUGACACUAUGUGAAUGGCACAAACUGUACUAGAAAAGCUGUGUUGGAUUCUUUCUUUUGUGUGUGUGCUUUGAUGUAUUGCCAUUUUUUCUCUUUGCCUUCAACUUUCCUCUGGGAUGGGAAUGGAACGUUUCUUGACAGGUUUAUGGGACUGGAAGAAAAGUUAGCUAAUCUUCCAUGGGAUUCUUGUUUCACCUCAUCUCUCCACUAUCUAGUUCCCACUAUUUUUCAGUCCACUACAUGGGUUGAAUUUCAGUGUGGAAUCUGUAGUUUCUCUACACAAGUCCCAGAGUGCAUUUUCAUACAAUAUUUUUUUUAAUCAAGGAUGAAUCAGAUCAGAUAUAUGCAGCUCCCCCUCAUCCCCCUUUUUCUUUUGGUUUCUAAAAUUCUUAUUCAUAAUUUUCAAAUCAGUGAUUUAAAAUGGUUGAUAGUGUUGUAAAAUUACUCUUUUUUUAAAUACUAAGUGAAGUGGAACAUAACAAUAUUAAGACAAAGUAAUCUUGAGUCUAGAGCACAUUCUCAGUGAAUAAACUGAGUCCCAAAGCAAAAGUUCAAAGGUUUUAUAAAGUCUUGUUUGUUCCUGUGGUUUGAUUUUCAGAAAAUGAUGAUGCUUUGCCUAAAUACAUGGAAAGGUGAAGGGAUUUUCUCUUUCUUCUCUUCCUCCUACUCUUCCUCAGAACUAAAUAUUUUGCUACACAAUGACAGUUUUUAUUGGGGUAAAUAUGAACAAAUAUUCAAAUAUUCACACAUCAACACAACUAUAGAGAGAAAGGUAUUUCAGAAGAGAAGGAAUAAGUAGACUCUUGAAGAUCCUAAAAUUAAUAGAGUCAGACUACCAUUUGGGCAGGAUAUCAGAAGUAUUGCAAAAUAAAAAUAUUUCAAAUAGAAGCCUCUUGAAACAGCAACUUGAGGGGUUGUACUCUAUUGUUUAUUCUUUUUCUCACAUAAAUCAACUAUUAUCAAAUAUUCAAAUAUUCAC